GAAAGAAAAUAUCAUAUCAUAUCAUUAUAUCAUAUAGUUUGACCAACUUAUGUAUCUAACAACAUAUAAAAAUCGAAUGUGGACCUACUUAUUUUUUAAUUGAAUGUAAUUGACUACCUAAUUGAGUGCCACCUAUGCAUUGGGGCCUCUUUUAAUUAAUACAAAAUUGAGGUUACAUCUUUUCAAAUGUUCCUCAAUUAAUAUAUAAGGGAUAAAUAAAUUCGUAGCAAUUUCAAUUAGUCGUGUGAAACAAAUAACUUCCUUGUGUAAUGAUAUCUUCCUAGCAAUUUCCUACUGUGGAAUAAGACUCCACUAAAAGAGUCUAAUUCCUUCAAAAUUUUCUUACACGUUCUUAACAAAAUAAAAACUUUCUUGUACGUUCUCAAUAUAUAUUGCAUGUAUAAAUUGCCCCUCACAUAUAGACGUGCAGACUACACAUAAAAAAAGAGAAAUGGAGUCUGCUAAAUCAAACAUCAAUGGCCACCAAAAUGUCAUCGUGAUGCGUCACGGCGAUCGAAUGGACCGUUUUGAGCCACUCUGGGCUUCGACCGCUGAAAGACCGUGGGACCCGCCGCUCAUUCACCACGGUAAGGUUCGAGCCUUUCAAACCGGUCAAAGAAUCAGUUCUCAGGUUUCGUUUCCAGUUCACCGUGUCUUUGUCUCUCCUUUCCUACGUUGCAUCCAGACUGCUGUUGAAGUUGUCGCCGCUCUCUCCGCCGUCUCUUCCAUUGAUAACUCUAAGCUCAAGGUAGCUAUAGAGUUUGGAUUGUGCGAGAUACUGAACUCAUUGGCUAUUAAGAGUAACGUUGCUCCCAAAGAUGGGAAGUUUGAUUUCAAUAUUUCAGAUCUUGAAGCUAUGUUUCCUGAAGGAACAGUGGACCAUAAUGUCGAUAUGGUUUAUAAAGAGUUGCCACAAUGGGGAGAAUCUGCGGAAGGCUUCAGGGAACGAUAUGUUAAUACAUUGAAAGUUCUUGCACAGAAGUAUCCUUCUGAGAACUUGCUCUUAAUCACUCAUCGGGGAGGAGUAAGUACUAUACUUUACAAGUACUUAAAAGACGCAACCAAGCGCUUGGUAGAUUAUUGUGGUUGUGUUGACUUGAGAAGACAGGAUGGGUUUGGUGAGUCUGUGGAUUUCGAGGUGGUUACUAGUCAUGGAGUGUCUUUCAGGGAACACAAUGUCCCAAUACAUGACCCUGUAAUAAGCCAAUCUCCGGUUUAGCCGGUUUAAUUCGGGCACGUUGAUACUGUUUUUUUGCUAAACUUUUUUGCUAAAUUGUAAAUAUUAGUACGAAAUAAACUUUGAAGUUUGCGAGAUCUAUAAAAACAAAUUAUAUGCUUGAUUACACGGAAAAAAAGUUUUUAAAAAAUACAUGUAAUAAAAAACAAUCGAAGCUGAAGCCUUAAGAGCAUGAGCAUUGGUGAACCCCUCUUUGGGGUUCACAAGUAUUUUUUAAUAUUUUUUUGUGGGUCCAUGAAUAGUUAUGAACCUGUAAUUGUUUUUUUCUGCAUUGGUGAACCUGAAGAAGGAGUUCAUAACAAUAAAAUAAUAAUAUUUAAAUUUUUUUUUUAAUAUUCAAAUUAUCCAGAAAACAAGAAUAAAAUAUU